AUGGUGGUGAGUGUCCUGACCACCCUGGAGCGGAGGUUCAACCUGCAGAGCGCCGACGUGGGCGUGAUCGCCAGCAGCUUCGAGAUCGGCAACCUGGCCCUCAUCCUCUUUGUGAGUUACUUCGGGGCGCGAGGGCACCGGCCGCGACUCAUCGGCUGCGGCGGCAUCGUCAUGGCUUUGGGCGCACUGCUGUCGGCGCUGCCCGAGUUCCUGACCCACCAGUAUAAGUACGAGGCGGGCGAGAUCCGCUGGGGCGCCGAGGGCCGCGAUGUCUGCGCUGCCAACGGCUCCGGCAGCGACCAGGGCCCCGACCCGGACCUCAUCUGCCGCAGCCGGACCGCCACCAACAUGAUGUACUUGCUGCUCAUUGGGGCCCAGGUGCUCCUGGGCAUCGGUGCUACCCCCGUGCAGCCCCUGGGCGUCUCCUACAUCGACGACCACGUGCGGAGGAAGGACUCCUCGCUCUACAUAGGAAUCCUAUUCACGAUGCUGGUGUUUGGACCAGCCUGUGGAUUUAUCCUGGGCUCUUUCUGUACCAAAAUCUAUGUGGAUGCAGUCUUCAUUGACACAAGUAACCUGGACAUCACUCCGGACGACCCCCGCUGGAUCGGAGCCUGGUGGGGCGGCUUUCUGCUCUGUGGUGCCUUACUGUUCUUCUCUUCCGUCUUGAUGUUCGGGUUUCCGCAGUCUCUGCCCCCACACUCAGACCCUGCCAUGGAGAGCGAGCAGGCCAUGCUCCCCGAGAGAGAAUACGAGAGACCCAAGCCCAGCAACGGGGUCCUGAGGCACCCCCUGGAGCCGGACAGCAGUGCCUCGUGCUUUCAGCAGCUGAAAGUGAUCCCGAAGGUCACCAAGCACCUGCUCUCCAACCCCGUGUUCACCUGUAUCAUCCUGGCCGCCUGCAUGGAGAUUGCAGUGGUGGCCGGCUUCGCUGCCUUCCUGGGGAAGUACCUAGAGCAGCAGUUUAACCUCACCACCUCUUCUGCCAACCAGCUGCUCGGGAUGACUGCAAUCCCAUGUGCCUGUCUGGGGAUCUUCCUGGGCGGUCUCCUGGUGAAGAAGCUCAGUCUUUCGGCCCUCGGAGCCAUCCGGAUGGCCAUGCUCGUCAACCUGGUGUCCACAGCUUGCUACGUCUCCUUCCUCUUCCUGGGCUGUGACACGGGCCCUGUGGCUGGGGUUACUGUUCCCUAUGGAAACACCUCAGCGCCUGGUUCAGCCCUGGACCCCUACUCGCCCUGCAAUAAAAAUUGUGAAUGCCAAACCGAUUCCUUCACGCCUGUGUGUGGAGCAGAUGGCCUCACCUACCUGUCUGCCUGCUUCGCUGGCUGCAACAGCACGAAUCUCACCGGCUGUGCGUGCCUCACGACCGUGCCCGCCGAGAACACAACUGUGGUUCCUGGAAAAUGCCCCAGUCCCGGGUGCCAAGAGGCCUUCCUCACCUUCCUGUGUGUGAUGUGUGUCUGCAGCAUGAUCGGGGCAAUGGCGCAGACCCCCUCGGUCAUCAUCCUUAUCAGGACAGUCAGCCCUGAACUCAAGUCUUACGCCCUGGGAGUCCUGUUCCUCCUGCUUCGUUUGUUGGGCUUCAUCCCCCCGCCCCUCAUCUUCGGGGCGGGCAUCGACUCCACCUGCCUGUUCUGGAGCACCUUCUGCGGGGAGCAAGGCGCCUGCGUCCUGUACGACAAUGUGGCCUAUAGAUACCUGUACGUGAGCAUCGCCAUCGUGCUGAAGUCCUCCGCCUUCGUGCUCUACACAACCUCGUGGCAGUGCCUGAGGAAAAACUAUAAACGCUACAUCAAAAACCACGAGGGCGGGCUGAGCACCAGCACAGAGUACCAAGACAUUGAGACUGAGAAAACCUGCCCCGAGUCACAUUCACCUUCAGAAGACUCCUUUGUGAGAAGCUGAGGGCCUGGCCCUCAUCCUCCUCCUCCUCCAGAGAACAGCCCGCCACUAUCCACAGACCUCGCAGGCCUGACUUAGCGUGCUCUGCCCUGCCCAACAACCCAAGGGUCCCUGUGUGGAUUAUCUGGCCAGUGUGUGGUCCUUUAAGGCCCCAAGCACAGGCCUGUGAUGAGGGCUAAGGAGGUGGCUGUGGUCAGGAGUCCUCCAAACCCUUGGAGUAGGGCAUUUUUCCUGGGUUGCCAAAGAGUAACGUUGACCAAGUGUGCAAAUUCCCUUUGGCCCAUCCCUCCCUUGGCUCCUGUGGGGACAUCCUGCUGACACGCUUUAGAAACCCCCCCACCCUUCCUUCAGGAUGCUUCUCUGAUGGAGGGCUCCAGCCGCUCUUCCGAAAAGCCAGCUGAGGCUGGAUUACAAUGAGGGGGUGGCCCUGUUUCACAGAAGGGAGGGGGAAUAAAAGCACAUACUCAAUAGAUUUUGAGUGUGGUAUUCUGUAUUUUUGCAGCUUAUAUUUUCCAGAUGAGCAGUUUAGAAAUAUGUGAUGUAAAGUACACACUGUACAUUUGCUGAAAAUUAUAUUAAAAGCACUAUUUUAAUUCUU